GUAUCGAACACAAAUCACACAAAUCUCGUCGCGGUUGUCGCACAGACCGGUGGAGAGGCGAAGAAGCGCCGUCGUCGUCGGCUUUGUCCAGCGUCCGCUGCUCGACACGUGAGGAGGAAGAAGCUGACAAUGAACGAGGAGAGCAACGAGAUUCUCUGCCAACCUAAACCUAUGUGACGAAGUCUGGAAGGCCGAAAUCGAUUGAGGAGAAUUCAAGAGUUAACGAGAAGGGAUCAGGAAUCGAACUGGCGACGUGGAAAUCGUCAAGCAACAGGCGCAUCGGUCCUUGUGCGUAAUAAACGAGUGAGCAUUUUGGUGGUGCAGGGGGCGGCGGGUGGAGAAGUGGGGGGGAAGGGGGAGGGGGGGGAGGGGGCAGAGCGCCUUUCCAGCGGGUUGCGAUCAUGGCGUCCAAGCGCAUCCUGAAGGAGUGGAAGGAUCUUCAGAAGGACCCUCCUACUUCUUGCAGUGCAGGUCCUGCUGGCGAUGAUAUGUUCCAUUGGCAGGCGACUAUCAUGGGCCCACCAGAUAGUCCUUAUGCGGGUGGUGUCUUCGUCGUGGGAAUCCAUUUCCCCCCUGAUUAUCCUUUCAAGCCGCCCAAGGUUUCCUUCAGGACUAAAGUUUUUCAUCCUAAUGUCAACAGCGCCGGUAGCAUCUGUCUGGAUAUAUUGAAGGAGCAAUGGAGCCCUGCGCUGACCGUGUCGAAGGUGUGAUUCUUCUCCCUCCUACGCCCCACCUCACCAUUGUCAAUCCAGGGUGGGAAAAACUUAUGGGUCGGGUCUUGGUUCACGAUUAUCUGCCCGUCCUGAACUUUUGGGUUAAAUCUUCUUUUCUGUUGUAUGCGGGGGUAAAACAACGUUCUGUUUUUCUUAUAACGUGAAUGAAUUUGCUACCUUACC